GAAAAACAAAAAAUGCGUUCAGUGUGGCUGAGUACUUGGUCCUGAAGAGCAGAAAUAAGCGAUGCGGGAUGUGAGAUUUAGGUCCUUGGUCCCAUUACUCCUUCGUGUGCUGAUUCUUCGUUCGUACGCUCUUGUCAGUGGUCUCACAACACCAUGAAGCUAAAGGAACUCGAGGGCUACCUGCAGGAUGUCGCCGUCUUUGAGGAGCCAAAGAUCAAACUGGAACAGUACCCUACCACGGCUCAUUUGGCUGCCCGCAUGCUCUACACCGCACAUACAACUUACGAUGACAUCGAGAACAAGGCCGUAGGUGACUUUGGCUGCGGUUGUGGCAUUCUGAGCAUUGCUGCUGCCAUGUUGGGAUCCGCGUACAAUGUUGGUUUUGAUAUCGACCCUGAUGCCAUCGCAAUUGCUCAACAGAACUGUGAGGAAUUCGAGAUCGAAAUGGAUUUUAUUCUCACAGAUCUCUCAGCAACACCAGCACCUGCAGCUGCUGACGGAGACCCCUCGAGCAGUCGAGGUUCUUAUGAGAUGAUGAAAGGAAAGCUCGAUACCAUCCUUAUGAACCCACCAUUUGGAACAAAGCUCAAGGGUAUUGAUAUGGUGUUCUUGAAGAAAGGCAUUGAUCUUGCAAAUCAUGCGGUCUACUCCCUGCACAAAACAUCCACACGAGAACACAUUCUGAAAAAGGCUAAGGAGUGGGGUGUUGAAUGUGAAGUCGUGGCAGAGUUGCGGUACAACCUGGACAAGAGCUACAAGUUCCACAAGAAACAAUCACUCGAUAUUGCUGUCGACUUUUUGCGGUUCGAAAAGAAACCGCGGACAACGGAGGGAUCAUGAUCCAUCUGCACACCGCAAUACAAUAAAUUUCCUUAAAUGCAUCAUUCUCCA